CGGGAGUUCGGAGAGCGCUGGAGCCUCUGGGCGCCGUCGUCCUGCGGAGCGUCAUGGCGCUGGGUGGUCGACUGGCCUUGGCCGCGCUCAGGUUGUGGGGCCCGGGAGUAUUACAGGUGGGAGAAGGCCCAUCUCCCUCUCUGUGGCAGCCUCAGGUGGCUUUGGAUGUGGAGGCCACAGUGGGAAGAAGCUUUCUCUGCAGGAUGUAGCUGAGCUGCUUCGAACCAGAGCCUGCAGGAGGGUCGUGGUCAUGGUGGGAGCCGGGAUCAGCACACCCAGUGGCAUCCCAGACUUCAGAUCUCCAGGGAGCGGCCUCUACAACAACCUUCAGCAGUAUGACAUCCCCUACCCUGAGGCCAUCUUUGAACUUGGCUUUUUCUUUCACAACCCCAAGCCCUUUUUCAUGUUGGCCAAGGAGCUGUACCCUGGGCACUACAGGCCUAAUCUCACUCAUUACUUCCUUCGGCUGCUCCAUGACAAGGAGCUGCUUCUGCGGCUCUACACACAGAACAUCGAUGGGCUUGAGAGAGCGUCUGGUAUUCCUGCCUCGAAGCUGGUUGAAGCUCAUGGUUCAUUUGCUUCAGCUACCUGCACGGUCUGUCGAAGGUCCUUCCCAGGGGAGGAUAUGUGGGCUGAUGUGAUGGCAGACAGGAUUCCCUCCUGCCCUGUCUGUACUGGCGUGGUGAAACCUGACAUUGUCUUCUUUGGGGAGCCGCUGCCUGCAAAGUUCUUACUACAUGUGGCUGAUUUCGCCAUGGCAGAUCUGCUACUCAUUCUUGGGACCUCCCUGGAGGUGGAGCCUUUUGCCAGCUUGUCUGAAGCAGUACAGAAGUCAGUACCCCGACUGCUCAUCAAUCGAGACUUGGUGGGGCCCUUUGCUCUGAGUCCUCGCAGCAAGGAUGUGGCUCAGCUCGGGGAUGUAGUUCAUGGUGUGGAAAAGUUGGUGGACCUCCUGGGCUGGACACAAGAGCUGCGGGAUCUCAUCCAGCAGGAAACCGGAAAGCUGGGUGGACAGGACAGAUAAGACUCUGGCUGCUUCACCUGCAGAAAGUCACAGGAGAUCACUCUAUUCCCAAGGAGACCUCAUGCCUGAAAACAGCUCUGAUGGGUUUACACACCUGGACCAAACUACUUUUGAUCUGGGUGAUGGUCUUCUGAGGCUGCCUUUCUACAGGCUGGCUGGGAUGUUUUACCCAGGGGCCAUGUCAUCACAGUGCAAAGGAGCUCCAUGUGUGCUCUGCCCACCUCAUCACUGCUGAAGCUUGUAGUGCAGAAUGCUGCUUUCUGGCAGUGGCCCUUAUGGUCACCAGGAAGGCAGCACAGCACGUCGACCAUCACCAGACCCAGGUGAUACACUAGGCUAGUCUAGCAUGUUGGUCUCUACAGUGGCAUCUUUAAGAAACAAAUUUAUUUCUUGCAUGAAAUAAAUUUUAGUAUAAAA